AAGUGACCGUCUGUGUUUUCAGCGUCUGUGCCCAGCAGUCACUUCGGGAAGAACCACAAAGCAGACAAACAUUUUUGUCUCGGCUGCAUCAAGGAAUGUGGAUUGCGGCAUUUUUCAAAGCGUGCUGUUAGUGCGUCUGGGUACGUGCGUACAAUGAUUUUUGGAUUGAAGGUUAUGAGUCGUAAUGUGGUGUGGUUUCAGUGCCAAUGAGAAGUUUGCUGAAGACCAUUGUUUCUUUGUUUCUCCUUUCAUUGUUUUUUUUUUUUUGAGGUGGCAAAUUAGCUAUUCUUCCUAAAGAAAAUGGAGAUGAAAAUGAGAAAUGGUCUAAAUGCAUGGGACAAAAGGAGAAUGGACAUUAAAGUCUUGAGCGAUUCCCAACUUCUUUACAUCAUUUAUUCAGUGAGCCAUUCUUUCUUUCCAAAAUUUUCCAUGCUUUCUGAAUGAUUUUAAACAAUUUCUUUGGUAAUUUAAUGCUUUUCUCUUUAUGUCAGUUGGGAAGCCACUUCGCCUGGAUCUAUGAGUCAAUCAGGCAUUAAAAGGCUUCUAGAUGCAAAGGUUUAACCAGUGUUGUGUUGACACAUAACACACCUUAGCAAAGACCCAAAAUUAUAUUGGGUUCUUUGGAGAUUCUGUAACUGCAGCCUGUCAUAAAGGACAGUUCAGUCUUUUUUGUUUUGAAAAAUCUGUAAAAAUAUCAAUUUGACAAACAUAAAAUAGAAUUUUUCCACCAUAGGUGAUUCCCAACCCUCUCAGGUCCUGAGCUCAGGUCUUUGACAGAUGGUAAUUCAGAGUCAUGACUUUCAGAUUGUUAUGAUUUUGGUCCGUAGAAAGCUCCUUUCUUGUUGAAUCACCCCCAGAAAAGCAGAUGUCGUACCCCUGACUCUUUUUCACAGGGUAGGGCUUAAUCAGACACUCAUUCACUGAUACACUCCAAAAAUGACCACAAUUCAAUUGGUUCAAUUAAUUUAUAUAGUAAAAACCAAUGAAAUAGUACUGGGAAAAACACAGGCCUGGACUCCUUGCAUAACACCCAAAAAGUGACAUGAUUAUCGGUGACAUCAUCUUACAUAGCCCACCCUGGAUCUCACCCACUUUUUUUUUCAUUUGACAACUUCUUAAAGGGUGAGUAACACCAUGGGUGGAGACUUCUUGUUAGAAAAAUACUUCAGAAAAGGCAUUGCCUGGAAGUCUGAGAAAGCGGGAAAGCGGCACUGAAGCAAUGAUUGACAGUAAAAGUUAAUUUAGGCGUUACUCGCACUUAAAAAGGUCAGAUGGACUCUUAAUUCACCAACACUUCCUGUUUGAAAAAUGCACCUAUAGGAGGCAUCGCCUGGCGAACUGAGAGAGAAGUGCUGGGGCACUCCGAACCCCCCACCCUCAGCACAUUCUGUAUCUCAGUCAGACAUACAAGCCACUUAACAAGCACAAACACGCGUACACACACUCCUCAGUCGGUUCAACGAACAGAGAAACUGUAGCAGGCUGGAGAGUUUUCUCUCCACCUUGUUCACUAGAAGAAAGGGAGGAUGCGAGCAGCUUUGAGGUGUAUGGUUUGGUAUUCUCUCGUACGCGAGCCAGCUGGAGACGUGGCCGAGAGUCGGCUGCAGUCCAGUAGUGCAACCACGUAAUUCAGUACCGGCAAUGACACUUGGUACCUCUAAACACUUCUUUCCACUGCAUGUCAAAGCGUCGCAAAACAGAUGCAAAACGGACGCAAAACAUGCUACGCGGCAAUUAGACACCAUUAUAUUAGAGGAGUUAGCUUCCAAAAAAAGCGAAGUGUGACGUUUUAGACUCGCCCCAGAAGCGAGGGCAUGCUAUCAUUACAUUUCGAGUCUAUUUUUGAUGCACUACGCUUCCAAAACAUGUCAAACUUUGCAGCAUAGAUCAAGCCAGACAGGAAGUCAAAACAAAAGAAGCAUAGAACAUCCAGAAACCUUCAAAAUAAAGGUCACGUGCAGUACGCCAUUUCCUGUGAACUUUUGUGACCGAUGUAAACAGAACAGAAAAUUACCCACAUUUUUUCAUGCAUGCAACCGUCUUUUUCCUUGUUUGUUAUUGUGAGUAGACGUCUGAAAUCACAUAUGGUGUUGUAAUUCUCCAAUGGUUUUGUGACUUCACAGGAUCAGCUGUGUGAAACACUUUCACUCUUGUUUUGCGUCAGACUUGUUCCUGGUUGGGAAUGAGCUCGUGGGUAGAACGCCACUAUAAUGCUUUAAAUGUCAGUGGAAAGCCGGGGUUAACCAGAAGCAAUGGCUGAUUAAGAAUCAGUGUGGAGCAGAGUUUGAACCUGAAGAUGAUGGUUUUAGACAGAAUUUAAACAUUUUAAUUAAGAUGCACUAACAUUCUAAAAUAAUGACUACACACAUCUACUGCACUCAUUUAUCAUUUAUACAGUUUAUUAGCAAAAACAAGGUGAUUCAGUGGUAACUCGCUCUUUAAUGGAUCAGCAUGAAAAUUUGUAAGGAUGUGACUCUGCGCCACCGUCUCACUCUAUAUGAAAAAUAUGUGUUUGUUGCUACUUCAUAGUGAUUAAUCGUAAUCUGACAGAUGGCAGUAAACAUCCUAGAAAAGUCUGUCAUGAUGAAAUUCAAGUACUGGGCAGAAAAUAAAAGAAAAUCAACCAAAAGUCGAAAGAAAAAAUGUGACUCUUACAAAGCCUUCAGAACUAAUGAAACCAAAGAAAACGUUAAAACAUUACUGUAAAAGUGUGACUUUUAGGAAGAAAACUAUAGAAAAAUAUAGAGAAAAGGUUGGGUAAAAAAAUAGUUCUCUGAAAAUAAGGACUGGACUGUGUGAAAUGACAAAGGUAAAUGAAAACAGUGAAAUUUGGUUUGAUUCCCACAAAGACCACAGCCAAUAGGGAAUAAGCCUCCCCGUUUGGGAGGAGGAGGUGGGGUGGUGCAGUGACUCAAACUCUCUCUAAGACAGACUGCAGACAGUCUCCUCAGCACUAAGAUUUGGGCUUACUGCGACCAACUUGGAGCCUCUUCAACCUGCAACCUUUAAAAAAAAAACAGAAAAAGUCAGAGCUACAGAGAAAUGAGGAGCGCCGUGCCCAGGAGGAUGUGAAACUGAGCAGAUCCAUCACUUUUCACUGUGUCCAGUUUGAAAAAAAGAGGAGCAAGGACAAGCCUGAGGAUACUACAGAUUAUGUUGCCAUGGAAACAAACACCUGGAAGUGGACGCGAGGACCACUGAAGGUGGAGAAUCUUCCUUGACUGUAUCAGCGACACUUGCAAACCUGCCAACGCUGUGGUGAGAGAAUGCUGUGGAGAAUAACUAUCCCCAUCAUACUUGCUGGGUUCCUCUGCAUCAUGGUAGAGACCAAGAAGCCCCGUCCACCAGGAACCUUACCAUCCCCAAACAAGACCAAAGGAAACCUGUCUGCAGAACACCACCAGAGACUGUUGCAGCAGAAACCAGAGGUCUUAUCUUCCAGCAGAGAGGCCCUAGUUGUGACGGAGCGCCGUUACCUUCGAAGAGACUGGUGCAAGACCCAGCCCUUGCGUCAGACAAUCAGUGAAGAGGGGUGCCGCAGUCGCACUGUGGUCAACCGUUUUUGCUAUGGUCAAUGUAACUCCUUCUACAUCCCUCGCCAUUUGGGCCCCAGUUCGGGUCACGGACAGAAUCGAGGUCAAGCCUCAGGCUCUGGGAGGAAAAGCCAUAACAAAGCCCAAGAGCCGUUUCAGUCCUGCUCCUUCUGCAGGCCGCAUCGCAUCACACAGCUCACAGUGCAGUUAGACUGCCCUGACCUGCAGCCUCCUUUCAGACACCGGAAGGUACAGAGGGUCAAACAGUGCCGCUGCAUGUCUGUGGACGUAAGUGGUCAUGGGAAGCUUUAAAAAAAAACAAGCUUAGAGGUCUGAAAAUUCAGAGAAUUCCCUAAUGCGAGGACUGGUUUCAAGAAGGAAUAUUCAACAUCGUGUUAUUGAAUAAUGGUUUGUUCUAUAAUAAAAGUCAUGAAACAUCAAACAGGAUGUAAAACAAAGGAUCAGGAAUGAUUUGAUUCAAUUUAAUUAGAUCCAUGCCACCAAGUGGUAAAGUCAAUGCGGUGGAAAAAGAUGGUCAAGUAACCGUGAAAGUGUUUCAUGAUGAGCAACUUUCCUCCAAGAUAACUCCUGCUGGAGUAGAAAAGGCUCUUUAGACCUCAGGAUGUCUGUUGAUCAGCCUCUUAAAAAUAUACUGUGGAAAUGAUACAUCACUAUAAAAUAAUAAAAACGGGAUGCUUUCCUGCUGAUGAUCACACACCUGGCUGAGCUGUUUGUGCCAUAUUUAGUUAUGAUUGUACUCCCCUCAAUUAAUUUGACUAAAAUGUCAACUGAUGUUGAGCAAAGGAUAAUAAAAAAAUUAAAACCGUGGUGACCGAUGGAAUCCACUUGCUUCAACAAACAUGGCUGUAAUUAAUCCUUUACUAGCUAAAUAACAGCAUGUGUUCAAAUGGCACAAUGCAACAUAUACAGAUUAUAUUUUAUGUAUGUAUGUGUGUAAGUUUGGAGUAUAUUAAAUCUAUUUCAUUCAAAACAAA